AUGAGUUUGACACAUUUUGAGGCUACAACCAGGGUUGGAGAAGGCCUAAAGCUUGUGAGGUCCCAACUGAGAAAAGCUAGGGUGAAAACUGCUUUACGUAACCAAGAGGAUUUUCAGAAUUAUUCGGCAAUGGAAAAUACAAGAGAGCCAGUGAGCUUGAAAAACCCAACUGUGUUGCAGAGCCAGGAGUUACAUGAGUACAUACUGAAGACUAGUGUGUACCCAAGAGAACCAAAUCCUCUCAAGGAACUGAGAAUUGCUAGUGCAAACCACCCAAUGGCUUUCAUGGGGACCGCACCUGAUGCAGGUCAGCUAAUGACCUUUCUCUUGAAACUGGUGAACCCAAAAAAAACAAUUGAAAUUGGAGUUUUUACUGGCUACUCUCUUCUCCUCACAGCUCUUACAAUUCCUGAUGAUGGCAAGAUUACAGCCAUAGACAUCAACCGAAAAACUUACGAAAUAGGCUUACCAGUUAUAAAAAAAGCCCGUGUGGAACACAAAAUUGACUUCAUUGAGUCCCAAGCUCUUCCUAUUCUCGACAAACUCUUAGAAGAUCCAGAGAAGGAAGGGAGCUUCGACUUUGCUUUUGUUGACGCGGACAAGAACAACUAUUGGAACUACCAUCAAAGGCUAAUGAAACUGAUUAAGGUUGGUGGGAUACUUAUGUAUGACAACACACUGUGGGGAGGAACAGUUGCUUGGCCUGAAGAGGAUGUUCCAGAGGCCAAAAGGGAGUAUAGGCUGUGCGCAAUUGAGUUUAACAAAUUGGUUUCUGCAGACACAAACGUUGAAAUUUCCCAAGUUCCGUUGGGUGAUGGGAUCACAAUCUGCAGGCGCAUAUGCUGA